AAUCCACAACCAUGUCUCCCACUCACUCUCUCCCCCUCCUCCUCCUCAUUUCCCUUCUUCUCAUCUCAACCUCAACCAGCUCCUCCGACUCGGACCGACUCUCGGAGCUCCAAUCCCUCCAAUCCCGAUCCAAAACCGGCAUAAUCCACCUCGACGACCACUCCGUCUCUCGCUACCUCACCUCCACGAAAACCCCAAGACCCUACUACCUCCUCAUCUUCUUCGACGCCACCCAGCUCCACGACAAGUCGGAGCUCCAGCUCAAAACCCUCCACUCCGAAUUCUCUCUCCUCGCCCAAUCCUUCGUCACCAACAACCCUAACCCUAGCCCUAGCAGCCCCAACCUCUUCUUCUGCGACAUCGAGUUCAAAGAGUCUCAGCAGAGCUUCGCUCUCUUCGGCGUCAAUGCCCUCCCCCACAUCCGCCUCGUCGCUCCGCACCACUCCCCCAAGCAAUCGGAGCAGAUGGACCAGGGCGAUUUCUCGCGACUCGCCGAGUCGAUGGCCGAUUUCGUCCAGGCCAAGACCAAGCUCAACGUCGGUCCGAUUCACCGGCCUCCGUUCCUCUCCACCAGGCAAUUGGGCCUCAUCGUGCUCGCGACCCUGGUUUGGAUCCCCUUCGCGAUCAAGAAGAUCGUGAAAGGCGAGACCUUGCUUCACGAUCCCAAGCUCUGGCUCUCCGGCUCGGUUUUCAUUUACUUCUUCAGCGUUUCCGGCGCGAUGCACAACAUAAUUCGGAAAAUGCCGAUGUUUUUGGCCGAUCGGAAUGAUCCGAACAAGCUGAUUUUCUUCUACCAAGGGUCCGGGAUGCAGCUCGGAGCCGAAGGGUUCGCGAUCGGGUUCUUGUACACGAUCGUCGGGUUGUUGCUGGCGUUCGUGACGCAUUUGCUCGUGAAGGUGAGGAAUUUGAAUGUGCAGAGGUUUGUUAUGAUCGUGGCGCUGUUCGUUUCGUUCUGGGCGGUGAAGAAGGUCGUGUAUUUGGACAAUUGGAAGACCGGCUACGGGAUUCAUGGAUUCUGGCCUUCAAGUUGGAAAUGAAGGUACUAAGAGUAAUGCAUUGUGAUUUUCGGAUUUAUAAGUUGGAUUUUGAUAAUUUCAUGUUUUAAUAGUGUAUGACUAUUGUUGUUGCUACUUGAAUUAAAGGCUUAAAAUUUUUGGUUGAUAACCCAUUUGCUAGACUAA